AACUAUCUGUUAGUGCUCAGAGCUUUCCUAUUCUCCUCUGUGCUUUUGUUUCUUCACAGAUAGACAGAAAAGGAGAGAGAGAGAGAGAUGCAAAGGUAUACAGUAACUGCGAACUUAAAUGGUGGGCUUCCUCAAAGACCCAUCUUUGAAGGGACUGAACAUUCUCUUCCUUAUACGUCAUUUCCACCAAAAUCCCAUCUCAGAGACAUUUCAUUCUCUUCUUCUACCAGACCAGGUGGACCGAAACUGCCUGCUGAAGAAUGCUUCGGGCCCGGAAUCGAUGACACAGAGAUCAGCAUUUUCGACGCCCAAAGGUACUUUAAUGAGGGCAGAGAUCACAAGGAGAAGAAACAAGCUUCUACUGUGACAGUAAAUCUAGAUAAAAUCACUGACAGGUGUGAUCUCUCUUCGGUUUCAAGGCUUUCUUCUGUCUCAUCUGUUGAUGGGUAUGGGAGGAAACACAGAACUAGGUCGUUUCAUGCAACCCCAACAGCUUCAUCUGAAGCUAGUUGGAACAGUCAGUCUGGUCUGUUAUCAAUUCCACCUGGUUCAAUUGCAGUCUCAAUGAGAGAUCUUCCUUCAGAUGGGAAGAGAAGAGGUUCUUCAACCAAAUGGCUUACUUUUGCGACAAGAUGUCCCUGCUCUGGUAAGAAAUCUGUUCAAGUGGAGGAGAAAUUCUCUAAUCCCAAGAACCCAUUUUAUUCAAAUUGUAGUUCUAACACUUCUUUGAAUCCCAAGAAACAGAGCUCUAAAUCAGGGGAAGUUGCUCUUAAUAGAGUAACCAAGGAGAAAUCGAAGGAAUUAGCAUCCAAUGAAAAAGAAAAGGUGAUGUUUGACAAGAACAUGAUAAUUAUUGAUGAAAGGAGAGAAUUGAAAGUUUUGCCCGGAAACCAUUCAUCGUCGGAGUCAGGUGGUUGCCACCGAGUAAUCUCCCCAGGGAGGUCAAUUACUGAGGGUGGCGCCGCCUUCUCCUUUCCUGUACUAAAUCCUCCGGCACCAGCAAAACUGCUCCAAAAUCGUGGGAAACCAACAAUUCAGCUUGAAGAACACUCACCUAGAGAGUCACUAGAGGUCUUCCGGCCACCAAUUGAUGAACCGGUUGAAAGGAGGACAACAGAGCUUCAGCGGCGCUUAUUGAUGUCAUUUUCCGGCGAGACCGCUGAAGACUUCACUUUCCCAGCCAGUCCAUGUCCGAAAACUCGAGCAAUUAUAACAGAUGAAGAUGUAGCAAGUGACACAAGCUCAGACCUGUUUGAAAUUGAAAGCUUCUCAACUCAGACAACAAUGCAUCCAUUGUACCGCAGCAGCCAGAGAGAUUCCUUUGAUGAGUUAUUGUCAAGCAAUGAUGGAAAGAGAAUUCUUGGGAAUGGCAAAGGAAUGUUACAGUUCCGGCGAAGCCUUGAUGGGACUAUGACAACUUCAAUUGCUCCAACAGAAUGUUAUGAGCCCAGCGAAGUUAGUAUUGAUUGGAGUGUUACAACUGCAGAGGGAUUCGACCGAGGAAGUGUCACAAACUUUUCGACGACGACGACGAUGACGACGACGGCGGCGGUAUCAGAGUAUGAGAAUGUCAGGUUCAUAAUACAGAAAGAAUUUGACAAGGUUGCCAAUAAUGGUGAUGGUGGUGGUGGUGAUGCCGUUAUUAACAUUAGAAGGAAAGGAAAUGGUUUGUUGAGCUGCAUAAGUGAGAAGGCAGUUAGUACUGUAGGCCCUCAUCCUGCAGUGAAACAAGAACCUGAUCAUCAGCGUCGUCAUGCCGAUGCCGGAACUGGAGCUGUCCCAGUUGAAUCAUGUCAAAUUCCGGCAACGUCGAAUUCCGCUUGCAUGUCUCGUGCCUUUGCUACACAAUAA